CAGACAUAUAAUGGGCCCUUAAUUCACUCUUAUCCUUGGUUUUUCCCUCCCCCCCAACCUAUAUUAUGCUUAAAAUUUAAAACUCUGUUACCUCAACAGAUGAAUGGAUAAAGAAGAUGUGGCACAUAUAUACAAUGGAAUAUCACUCAGCCAUAAAAAGAAACGAAAUUGAGUUAUUUGUAGUGAGGUGGAUGGACCUAGAGACUGUCAUACAGAGUGAAGAAUAUAUUUGUCCCAGAUGUGAAUCAGGCUUUAUUGAAGAAAUGACAGAUGAUUCCAGUUUUUUAGGUGGUGGCAGCAGCACAUCAACACAUUUUGCAGAGUUCUGGGACCAUUUGGACCCCACGAUGUUUUUCCAAGAUUUUAGACCCUUUCUAAGUAGCAGUCUACUGGACCAAGAUAAUAGAGCCAAUGAGAGAGGUCACCAAACUCACACUGACUUCUGGGGACCAAGUCGGCCGCCACGGCUGUCAGUGACUCAAAGAUACAGAUCUCGAGGAAGUACUCGUCCUGAUAGAUCCCCUGCUUUUGAAAGAGUACUACAACAAAUCAUUGCAGGAUUCAUUCCUGGAUCCCCAUUUUCUUGGAGCGGGAUGCUGCACUCCAACCCUGGGGACUAUGCCUGGGGUCAGACAGGGCUUGAUGCCAUUGUAACUCAGCUUUUAGGACAACUGGAAAACACAGGGCCUCCCCCAGCUGAUAAGGAAAAGAUCACAUCUCUUCCAACAGUGACAGUAACUCAGGAACAAGUUGAUAAGGGUUUAGAGUGUCCAGUAUGCAAAGAGGAUUACACAGUUGAAGAGGAAGUCCGGCAGUUACCCUGCAACCACUUCUUUCACAGCAGUUGUAUUGUGCCGUGGUUAGAACUGCACGACGCAUGUCCUGUAUGUAGGAAGAGCUUAAAUGGUGAGGACUCUACUCAGCAAACCCAGACCUCUGGGUCCUCUGCAAGCAACAGAUUUAGCAGUGACAGCCAGCUACAUGACCGAUGGACUUUCUGAAACUAAAGACCGCCUCUGAGCCAGGGCUAUGGUAGACCUCUUAUCACAGCUGUUAAUUGUAUCAAAACAAAAAAGUCGUAGGUGAAUUUAGGAAUCACCUAAGAAACCCCAACCCAUAACAUUAAUUCAUUGAGUGUUUUUCUUCUCUAAAUUUAAAGUUAGUAUCUACAGAUGGAAUUGUAUCUACAACCAAAUGCCUCUCAUUCUUGAAUUCAGAGCGAUAAUUUUUAAGUGCGAAACUUAAUUAUGUGGGUUUCCCCUGCCAGAAUAGAAUCAGUUCCUUAAAGUCUAGCUAGGGUCCUGCUAUCUGUCAUGUUACCUUGUGAUGGAUGUUUCCACCUCUUUCUCCAGCCUCCACCCUAUCAUAAGUGUACUUUACACUAAAUACAGUGGAACCAGAGCCCUAAAGUCCUGCUGAUAUAAAGUCCUUCUGUUUUAGUUGUACAAAAGCAUCUACUUUUGGCCACAUUAGCCAUGAAGUGAGAUCAGAUUAAUUCAAGAAUCUGAGACACUAAUGAUUCUUGUUUUUUCUUAAAUUUUCAGAGAGCAAAUCAAAGAAAAAUUACAGUGGGAAGGAGAAAGUGGCUUAUCAUUGCAUUCUUUGGUUUUCUCAUUUUUAUUUUUAAAGACUACUUCACAAGAUGCAGCUUCUGCAGAAACCAACCUGACAUGUCUUAGGAGUCUUAUGUUGGGAGGAAUCUGAUUCUGGUUCCUUUUUGGGAAUGAGUUGGGCAGCAUACAGGCACAGAAGGACAGAUGUUUGAAAUCUUUGGUUCCGAGGUUUUUUAGUGAUCCUCAACUCAUUGUUUAUCCUGGGGACCUUAAAAUAAUUUCCCUCACAGAAAUAGAAUUACUUCAUUACUGCUUCUACAGCUAAGUCAUUGUUUUUUGUAAUUCACUGGUCUUCAGGAAUUGAGAUUUUAUGUUGUCCCAUUUUAAUUUUUUAAGCCCAUUUAUCAUCUCUGAAACCUUUCUGUUUGCUUGGUUCUGUCUGUACUUGGAGUCAUACUGAUUAUUGUGAUCAUGCCCAAACAACUUGGCCUAGGAGACGUAGGCCUUCUUUUUUCAGCCUAACAGUGUCCCAUGCACAUGCACAUGCUCUUUGGCGCAUUUAAGUGUUUAAAGUUGAAUAAAUGAAGAAGAUUAAGAAUGUU